CGGAGCCAGCAGCCGCACAGCGUGAUCCAAAGACGCCUGGUGGAGGGAAACCAGAGUCAGCUUCAGGGGGAGUCUCCCCUGGUGCAGGCCCUGAUUCAUGGCCAGGAGAGCAGGAGGAAGACCAGCAAGACAGAGAUUCCGGCUCUUCUGGUCAACUGCAAGUGCCGAGACCAGGAGCUUCGGGUGGCCGUGGACACAGGCACCCACCACAACCAGAUUUCCACUGGAUGCCUCAGCCGCCUGGGGUUAGGGAAGGUCCUCAAAGCCCCGGGGGGGGGCCUAGCACCUGGGCCCCCCACCCAGGUGGAGCAGCUGGAGCUUCAGCUGGGCCAGGAGACGGUGGCCUGCUCGGCUCAGGUGGUGGAUGUUGAGAGUCCCGAGUUCUGCCUUGGGCUACAGACGCUGCUUUCUCUCAAGUGCUGUAUCGACCUGGAGCGUGGAGUACUGCGCCUGAGAGCCCCCUUCCCAGAGCUGCCCUUCCUGCCUCUGUACCAAGAGCCUGGCCAGUGACUGCUGAACCAGUCGGUCCCCAGGGGAAGGACCUUGCCUUGGGGAAGAGCCGUAUGGGGGGGAAUGGGGCAUUACUACAGCCAGGUAGCUGGGGACGACUGUGUCUGUCCUUCCUGUUGCCACCCUGACCCUGCCGUCCCUCAGUCAGCCACAUUCCUCUCUGCUUCUCAGCCACUGCCCAAUCCUCCAGGAGUCUUCCAGACAGAGGGCCUGUGAUCUCAGGGGCCUGGCUUCUCUCUUCCCGUUCCCCUCCAAGUCAGGAUGGCGGAAAAGGAUGUUAAGCGUGGCAUCGUAGGAACUGGCCUGAGUCAAAGGCUGCAGCCUUUACCGUCCUUCACCUGUCCCCCGCCAUCCACCCCACCCACCCUCAGUGGCCUUCACUCCCACGCCCCUCCCCUCACCUUCUGGGGCUCGUUACCUUUGCCAACUAGACUGUCGCACCUCACCCACCCGGGGCCCUGUCCCUGCUGACGCCCACCUUUCUGAUUCUGCACACGACUGCUCACAGUUGAGUGGGGGAGGAAACAGGCAACCGAACACUCCAAUGCAAUGGGAAGGUGAGUUGGUAGAGGAACGCCAGGCUCACAAGGCUGGGAGCUUCCUUAGUUACCUUUUUUGGGGUUGCCAACAUCUGAAGCCAGUGAUCACCCUGUGCAAGACCUUGGAUGGACCUCUACUAUUUCUCCAGGCAGCUCUUCUCCUCCACUUGUUUUUUUACACAGUGGGACCCUGAAUUUCAGGGAGGGGUGGGGUGUGUUGGAGGAGUGCUGUCAGGAACUGGCCCCACAAGGUGGACAGGAUGUCAGGGUGCUCGGUACUCAGACUGCACCUAACCAGUAUUCUUUCUUAUUUCUAGAACUCCUCACCUCACCUCACCUUCUCCCUUCCCCGCAUCUAGGGCCUCCUGAGCUUGAGCUUGUCUUAUUUUGGAAUCAGUGGCUUUCUAGCCCCCGCCAGGCUCUGAGCCAAAGCGAAAAGACAAGGAGGCUUUUCACCUUCCCUGUGAAGACAGGAACCCAGACCUUAAGAAGCCAGACCCCUGAGUGUCUUUCUGGCUGGUUUCAGUCCCUCGGGUCAUGGAUUAGGGGUAGAGGAAGAGAGUGGUCUAACUAACCUCAGCUAGGAAACUAGGGCCCUUGGAGUGGAAACGAAAUCAUGAGUCCGGGGUAGAUCAGAGAAGAAGCAGGAUACCACCCAGCUGCCCUCUGACCUCUGGUCUUGCCUCUCCCUGCUGCAUUCCUUGCCCUCAGAAGAAGAGGAGGGGGCUCACUAGCACAUGUGUAAUAAGGAUCCCCUCGUCCCGGGCGCCUGGGUGGCUCAGUUGGUUAAGCGACUGCCUUCGGCUCAGGUCAUGAUCCUGGAGUC